AUGUGGUCCAACUUCUUUGUACAGCAGGAUGAGGAGGGUCGCAUCGGGGUGGCAGGGGCUGGACAAGGUGGGGGUCUGGGUGGAAUGAAAGGUGGACGGGGACAGAGGAGGACCCCCAAGAUGAGUGACAGCCAGGAGGGGAAGAUCAAGCUGGCCUUCUUCGUGUCUAUCAUUGGCGUAACCCUGACGGUGUUGGGCAUGGGGACAGAGUUUUGGGUGGAGCUGGCCCAAUCAAAGAAUUUCAGUGGCAACCAGACCUGCCAGAUGGCCCAUUAUGGCCUGUGGAAGGGCUGUAUCCGCACCCUAUGGGUGGCUGACAUAGACCCAGAGAGGACAAGCUGUGGCCCCGCUGAACUACCCGGAGAAUCCAACUGCACCUACUUCAAAUUCUUCACCUCUGGGGAGAAUGCAGUCAUAUUCAAGAAGACAACUAACAAGAAUCUGAAUCUAGCAUCAGCUGUCUUGGCCCUUUUGAGUCUGACCAUGAUGGUAAUGGGCUCCAUCUGCAUCGGCAUGUCCCUCAGCAAAGGAGUGGCCUUCUUUCUCAAGCCAGCCUCCUUCUGCUUUAUCCUAUCAGGUGUACUGGUCCUUCUCUCUGUCCUGAUAUUCCACCAGUCGGUGCUGGCUUUGCUGUCCAGUGACCACUCCAUACCUUUACACCAUGAGCUGUCCUGGUCUGUGGCCUGCGUGGGCUCAGCGGGAGCCAUUCUUAUUUUCGGAGGUUUCCUCUUCAUCAUCCUCUCCCUUCCUUUUAGCCCCUGGCAGAAAUGCUUGCCGCACAAGAAUAGCGCCACCUAGCACAUGAAUGCUAAAAUAUGCACACAGUAUUCUUGAUGUCUUGUGUGAGUGCAAGUGGAAAAGUCCUUUUCCUAAGGGCUGUGACUUUGCCUGCUCUUGGCAUUUAAAUUGUCAGAGAAGUCAUACUAGGUCUUAAUUAAAUAUAUGAAGACAAGUCAGCAACACUUUAGUAAGGCCUCCAGAAUUUGGUUUUGCAAAAAUUGUUUGUUUUAGUGUUUUUUAAUAGAAAAUAGAUGGAAUGAGCAACAGGGCUACUGUGACUGUUUAAUUUUUUUUAGCUUGAUGUUGUGUUUACUUAAACAAAUGUCACAAAUAGCCCUGUUAGCCUGCUUAUAGCUGUACAGUCACACAUGAAUCUAAAAUCUCUGCUAGAAUAAUAAAAAACACAAAUGUUUUUAAAUACUCUUUUGUAUUUUAAAACCUUUUGUAGUCUGUUUAAUAUGGAAGUCCUUUAACUUUCAUAGUUUCUGCAGCAGCAUCAGAAUGUAUCGGAGCGUAGCAACAAAUACUGUUUUUGACAAUGCUAACCAUCAGUAUGAAGGAGGUUCUGAUUUUACAUUACUUGUCAUAUCUGCUACAUGUUGCGUAAGGAAUAAAGUCGAUGAGUAUCCUUAAUAUUCUAGCAUAUGAAGCUUUUUAAACACUUAAAACUUGAUAAACAAGAGGCUUCAGUUGUCAUUAUUUAUUACUUAUGUGUAUUUUACAACUAUUGGGCGAAUGCUGCUUCAGUAUACCAGAUGAAUGUAUGUUGAAUGAAAUCAACUGUGAGAAGUGAUAAAAAUACCAUUUUGUAUAUCAGAGAAUUGUAUGGACUCACUUUAUAAGCUCAACUUUGUACAUAAACUGAAUGAAUGAGUUUAUAUUUUAUGAAUACUCUCUGUAGCGUUGUCGCCAGUCACUUUAUUUGCAAGAUGUAUGCAGUAAAUAUAUUUUUGUCAUAGCAUCUCAGCUUAUCUCUCUACCAGGAAAUGAUAUUUUACAAAAUAUAUGCUGUGCUCAUUUCUACUCAUAUACAUGUACAGUAUGUUGCACCAGUUUUGCUUAUCAUUAAAGGGACUUGACAUAAAAUAA